CGUUUGGUCUGCCCCUUGCGUCUGACGUAAUCGACGUAGAACGGGACUGUUUGUUCUGGAUUUGGGGCGAGGAAGGUCUGCGAGCGUUGACAAGCGACUCUACGAGGUGGGACACUCCACAUUCUGCCUCUUUGUUGUAGUUUCCUUGGAUCCCUGUUGCAUCUCGCUGACAAACUUCCUGUGUUACCUCAGGAAAGUGCCACCUUACUGACUGAGAAAUGAUCACACUAGUGGAUUAAGACCACAGCGGCACAGCAUCAAACAUAGGGUCACGAGACGAGUGUAAUGGCCUGAGGGCGGUCCCCCCACUCCAGCCUGCCCCUGCCAGGUCCAAUCUGCCCAAACUGUCUGCUCAGUCACUGCAACCCACCACUGCGAUGGGAGACGGGCUGGAAGCAGGCAGCAGCCUGAACCCUCCCUUGGCCACACCACCGCUCCCCUUCAACCCUCCACCUCCAGAAACAUGGAACCCUUCCAGACCCAAACGGCAAACCAACCAGCUACAGUACCUGCUUAAAGUGGUGUUGAAGACGUUAUGGAAACACCAGUUUGCAUGGCCCUUCCAGGCUCCUGUAGAUGCAGUCAAACUCAAUUUGCCUGACUAUUAUAAGAUCAUAAGGACUCCAAUGGACAUGGGCUCAAUAAAAAAGCGUCUAGAGAACAACUACUACUGGAAUGCCCAGGAGUGUAUCCAAGACUUUAACACAAUGUUCACAAAUUGCUACAUCUACAACAAGUCGGGGGAUGAUAUAGUCCUGAUGGCCGAAGCCUUGGAAAAGCUUUUUCUCCAGAAGAUCACCGAGAUGCCACAAGAAGAGAUAGAGAUAGCGGUGGUUACCAAGGGCCGUCGUGGAAGCAGAAGGGAGCCGGCUCUGAUCUCUAUGUCAGAUUCUGGACAAGACUCAUCAUCUCCUUCAACUACCCCUCACACAAGAGGCUUUUCAUCCCCAUCAACCACUCCACAGGCUCGUAACACACCAGCCCAGCCCUUAACCCAGCCUUUGAUCCAACCUCUAACUCAGCCCAUGGUUCAACCCAUGGUUCAAACCAUGGUCCAGCCCAUGGUCCAACCCAUGGUCCAGCCCAUGGUCCAACCCAUGGUCCAGCCCAUGGUUCAACCCAUGGUCCAGCCCAUGGUCCAACCCAUGGUUCAGCCCAUGGUCCAACCCAUGGUCCAGCCCAUGGUUCAAACCAUGGUCCAACCCAUGGUUCAACCUCUGAUCCAGUCUCUGAUCCAGACUCAGCCCCCACGCGUACCUCCUACACCCACCAACCAUGCAUCACAUCUGGGACCCUCGUUCCCCCUCCCUACCCCUGAUGUUCUUGCCCAGGGCAUGACAUCUGUUCCUCCUCCACCCGUGACACACCCGGGCCUCCACCCUGCCCCCAUGCUGCAGAGCUCCCCAGCGCUCAUCAAGCAAAAGAAGAGCCAGAAGAGGAAAGCCGAUACCACAACCCCCACAGCAAGUGAUCAGCUAAGCGAAUCGCCUCCUGUAUCUGAAGUAACUCGGCCUCGUCGAGACAGCAGUCGCCCAUUGAAACAGCCCAAAAAAGACUCCUUACAGCCAGACUCUCAGCAUCAUCUGGUUGGAGGAUUGGAGACGGGAGCGACUGUAGCAUCUAAACGUCAGGAACAGUUACGUUUUUGCUCACGCCUUGUUAGAGAGAUGUUUUCAAAGAAACACGUGGCGUAUGCCUGGCCUUUUUACAAACCUGUCGAUACAGAAACUCUUGGCCUACAUGACUACCAUGACAUCAUCAAGCACCCCAUGGACCUCGGCACCAUCAAGAAAAAGCUGGACAACAGACAGUACAGAGAUGCUCAAGAAUUUGCAGCAGACAUCAGGUUGAUGUUCUCAAACUGUUACAAAUACAAUCCACCGGACCACGACGUUGUUUCCAUGGCACAUAAAUUACAGGAUGUAUUUGAGAUGCGUUUUGCCAAAAUGCCCGACGAUCCAGAGGAGCCCACUCCUGUUCCCACACUGUCAUCGGUCCUCCUCUCUGCACCCUCCGCUCGGCAAGCCCCGCCCCCGCCUGUUGUUUCAGAAGAUGACAGCUCUAGUUCUUCUGAGUCCGAGUCUUCGAGAGCAGACUCUGAGCAGGAUAGGAAACAGCGAUUGGCCGAGUUACAGGAACAGCUUAAAGCUGUACAUGAACAGCUGGCGGCACUCUCCCAGCCUCAGGCCAGCAAACCCAAAAAGAAAGAGCGGGACAAAAAGGAGAAGAAGAAAGAAAAGCACAAGAAGAAGACUGGGACAGACGAAUCGGCAGAGACGUCUCCUCUUGCAAUACUUCAGACUUCUAAAAAAAGCAAGAGCACCAAGGAUCCUGUCAUGGCAAAGAAGGACAGGAAGAAACCCAGUAAAAAAGAAGGAAUUAAAAGCAGCCGCCCAGCUGCGCCUCUUCAGGCAGGUCCCAUCCCUCUUGUACCUUCAGCUUCUCUUGAAGCAGAGGACGAUGUUGAUUUGAGUCCUGGAAAAUUCAAGCCGAUGUCCUAUGAGGAGAAGCGCCAGCUGAGCCUGGACAUAAACAAGUUGCCUGGUGACAAACUGGGCAGGGUUGUGCACAUAAUCCAAACGCGUGAGCCUUCACUGAAGAACUCAAACCCAGAUGAGAUUGAGAUAGACUUUGAGACACUGAAGCCCUCCACGUUGAGAGAGUUGGAAAAAUACGUCUCCAGCUGCCUCAAGAAGAAGAAGAAACCAUCAGCAGAAAAGUCUUUGGAAACAACAACUGUGACGAAGAUGAGGACAGGAUCCUCAUCUUCAGACAGCAGUGACUCCUCUGAUAGUGAAGACUCUGAUAGUGGGCUGGUUCCCAAACAGAAGAAGAUCUCCGGCAACAAGGACACGAAAAGACUGCACAACCAGCCCCUCAGUACUGGAGUGGCCCCAGUCACUUCUGCCCCUCCAACCCUUCCUCAGUUGGUCCAGUCUAAAGCACCGUUUGUCCCCCCUCCACCUUCUGUCCCUGCCUCUGUCCCCUCUCUGGACUCGUCUCAGUUAAUGACUUCAGGAUUUGAUCCUCUGGCGAACUUCAUGAACUCUCAGUUGAUGCAGUCAAACGCAGAGUCCAGUGCUCCCAUGACGACUGCUGGUGCUCUGGUGUCCUCCGGCCUGCUCAACUCAAACAUGCCCACCAAUCAGACACCAACUGACACGCACCCUUUCCUAAACCAGCUUCCCAUCAUGCCUUCCCCAGCAGUCCACAUUGCUCUCCCCCAACAACCAUCAAGACCAAGCAACCGUGCUGCACCGCUUCCACCCAAACAUCCACAGCCGCCUCCAACCUCACUCCCCCACCUACCGCCGUCUUCCUCAGCACAGCUCCAACCCACACUUCCCCUCAACCUUCCCCAGCCCGUCCCGCGCCCUCGCGUCCCUUCACCACCAUCUCACGGCAUCCUUGGUACCCUCUCAGCUCAACCUCCCCAGGCCCUGCUAGAGGAUGACGAAGAGCCUACAUCCAACAAUUCUGAAACCCCGCCACUCAGUCAGGUCCACUCCCUCCUGCAGUCUCUUCAGCCACGGCCCACUACGCUGCCUCUGUCGCUGCCCACCCACUCACCUGGGCAGGUCGCCCCCCAGCUGGUGCCAUCAAUGCACACCCAGGGGAUGACGACAAACACCCCCGCACUGACUCAGAGACACAUCCCUGGCCACAUGCCGCAAUCGUUCCCCCAUUCAAACACAUCGGCGUCGCUGCAACAGAAGGGGGCGGUCCUGCAGCAGAAGCCGCAGCUACACCAACCGCAGCCAUCUCCACGAAGCAAAGCAGAACCGUUCUUACCCACAGGCUCAUUGCAUGAAAGUUCGUCUCCUCUGACGAUGCAGUCUCCUCCGAUGCCACAGUUCCACACGAUGGGACAUCAGUCACCCUCGCAGACAAAGAAGCUAGAACAGAGGUCCAGCCUCAUGGCAAUUAAGGAGGAGAAGUCUUCACAGUCUCCAGUUCUCCCUCUAUCACCUUUCAGUCCUGCACGCUGUCAAGACACAAUUAAACCAGACAACAAACACAGUUUAGAUAUGAAGCCACUGGAUGGUUGUCGCCCCAUUCCUCGUCUCCCAGGCUCCCCAGCGCAACCUUGCUCCCAACAGGACAUGAAAAUCAAGCAAGAACCCGAAACCCCUAUUGCACCCAAGAAAACACAGGAUGUGAAAAAAAAGCCUGUGGGUCCUUGGGCCAGCCUGGUUCAUGGGUCCCAGUCGACAUCAGCCUCAGCGGCGCGCUCUUCCAGCGGUAGCUUCGAGCUGUUCAAACGUGCUGCAAGGGAGAAGGAGGCAAGGGAGAGAAAGGCCAAAGCUCAGGCGGAGCAAGCCAGGAGAGAGCAGGAAAAAUUACGCCGUGACGACGACAGCACGAUGGAACAGGCUCGUCGAGCACAAGAGGAUGCUCGUCGUCGUCAGGAGCAACCGUUGCCACUUGCUCCCACGCCUCCAGCCUCAACGCUACCCACUCACUCCCCACAGCCCCCACCCGCACAGCAACAGGCUCCACCUCCACCCACCUCAGCUGCACAGAAUGCACUCGACCAGCAGAGGGAGAUGGCGCGUCGCCGCGAGCAGGAGAGGCGGAGGAGAGAGGCGAUGGCUGACACUAUUGACAUCAAUUUCCAGAGUGACCUGAUGGCGAUUUUUGAGGAGAAUCUGUUCUGAGUGGAGAACGAUGGCAGCAGGAGAGAGAAGGACCUAUGAUCACACAUAAACAAAGUGACAGAUUGCAUAAACUGGAGCUCUGACACACACACACGGAUGCUGCUCACACACCCACUUCACACAGACUUAACCAUAACCGUUCCUUUCUCUCAGCGGAAACAGCUGGCUUGUGUCAUGUGAAUGAGAAAGGAUUGAAUCAGGCAACCUUCUUUCCCUCCAGCCUCAGAUAAAAUGUUCCUGAAGCGUUGGUCUCUGAUCUCUCGAGACAAAAAAGGCACGCCUUUGAAAAGAGAGGAAUUAAAAUCCGUGCAGAUCAGGAUUUAGUUAGACACAUCAAGUUAAAUCAGCCUUUUCAUUGGGAUGUAAUAAAAAAGUGAACAAAUGAACAAUUUUUCUCUUUCAGAAUCUUUUCAUUAUUUAAAGUCAUCUGAGUUUUUCUCAGAACGCAACGAGAGCGAAACAACAUCGCUCUCUCCAUCUCUCUUUCUCUCUCUCUCUCUUUCUCUCUCUCUCUUCUCUUCUCUCUCUCUCUCUCUCUCUCUCUCUCUCUCUCUCUCUCUCUCUCUCUCUCUCUCUCUCCUCUCUCUCUCUCUCUCUCUGCCCCCCUUUGUGUGCAGUCCUAAAUGGAAGAGGUGGAGGCCACUGGAACAUUCAGGAUUCAAAGGCAGCGGAGAAGGAACGAUCCCGUUUCCAAGAUCAGAUUGUGUCCCUUGCCUUAGAGCUCUGGCCUGUAAUCUAAUGAUCACAACUUACAAAUUAUACAUAUAUAUAAAUAGAAGCGUGAAAAUAAAAAAUAUAUAUAUUAUAUACGACAAAAAGUCAUGAAAAAGACAACGGGGAGGGAUUUUGAUUGUGGGGAGCAAAGCUCACAUCUGUGUUCAUUUUUGAGCUAUGGUUUUAAUUUUUUUUUUUUUUUUAGACUUUAAUGUAAAGAAAAAAACUUUUUUAUGAUUCUAUUGAGAGGAUUGUUUUGUCCGUCUUAUUCUCUCGCACAUUUUCUGUUUUGUUGUUUUUCUUUCACCCCCUCCCCUCUACUCUAUGCCAAAACCAAUCUAUUGAGUGCUGAAAGUUCGUUCACAUUUUUUUACAUGUAAAAUACGUCUUCUUCUCACUUUAUAUUAAAGGCUAUGUCUUUAUUGCUAUGAAUUCUUUUUGAUCCCCUUUUAAAUCUGAAGUUAUGCAACAUUUUGCUCUGUAAUAGUUGAAAAAAGCGGUUAAAAAUACGUGACGACUAGGUCCUAUCAUUUUAUAACUGUUUGAUAAAUCUGCACUUACGUGGUUAAUUGCUAAACUUGUUUUCAUUAUUUCUUUUCUUCAUGUACAUGUUUUUAGUCUUCUUAAAUGUCUCGUUGACCACUAUCAUGUUCACAGCUUCAGCAGUUUGUAUAAAAGGCUCUUAUUUCUAAUUGUCUUUUUAUUUUUCAAAUGUGUUCAUCCUUCAUAGUAACCGUUUGGGACUUUCGUGUGCCAUUGUGUUUUUCUGAAAAUGGGAUAGUUUCCCAGCUUCUGUACGUUGGCCUGGAGAUCUAUGAGUGUUUUCAGUUCUAUACAUUUUUUAUUUAAUUUUUUUUUUCAUCCCUGUUUGUAAUUCUUUUUGCUUUUUGUUUUUUUCCUUCUUGGAUUUAUUCUACCCAGAACAAUGUGUUGGUAUGUUGAAGAGUGAGGCAUUGAGGUCAAUAGAUUCAUCUUCAUGUAAUGGAGUACAGCAUUUUUUUAAGAAAAGUAUUAAAAUAUUUAAAAAUCUUA